AAAAAAACGCAAGGGUAAAUGGUUUCUUCAAGUGCACUGCAAAAUGCAGUUUUUUUCAGUGAAAUACGCAAAAUUCAUGUAAAAUUAUAUCAAUUGUAGCCAAAUCAGUUAUUUCGGUCAUGGCUAAUAGCAACGAAACAGAGCUAGAAAAGCAGUUUUUGGCUGACCUUGAAAAGGCGAAAGCACUCAGCUUGGAAACGUUGGAGCUAGAGAAGAUUCGCAAACAGCGCUAUUCCCAACCAGACCGUGGGGUUUAUUCCGAAACACGCACGCUCGAAGAGUACAAAAACUAUCUUCAGCGUAAAGCACAACUUCAUCAGGGCAUUCAGUCACCGCCUGUUGGAAAUAAUAGCGCCCCCAAGAAUGCUGUAGCUGUGGUAGCGGAAUUAGCAAAGCGAAACAGCAGUAUCAGUCAGCAAUCAAGAGCAAGAGAUGAGGCAGAUCUUAUUUCAUUUAAUGCUCCUCCCCCGGCACCAAAUCCACAGGAUGAAGCUCAUAACAAUCUGAAGGAACUGGUCAAUCAAAUGCAUCGUUUGAACACGCAAAACACCUACGAUCAAACUUAUAAGACACAACGUAGUUUAAGCAUGUCUUCGGCUUCGUCGUACGGGGCAUACAGUCCUGCUUAUCCCCAGCAACAAAUACAGAAUUACAAUCCGGCGGCGGGAAUGCAACUUGUGCCGUACAAUCACCAGCAAGCUGCAGCACCAAAGGCCUUGACGCCGGACGAACUGAAUCGGCUCUAUAAUAUGUCAGGCUACGGAACAGCUCCUGCUGGAUCAUUUAAACCCGUUGGUUUCAUUCCUCAAGCCCAACAAUUCCCCGUAGUCAACUAUCCUCAAUUUCCAAACACCUAUCCAGCCCAAGCUCAGCCCGUUAUUCCGACUACCUCCAGUAUUGAUGCACAACCAUCUUCCGCUCCCGUGCCUCCUGUCGCUAGUAUUUUCAUUCCUCAGUCAACACCCUACGUAACUACCUCAAAGAUCCCAUUAAAUGCCACAGCUGGUUCAACCACGUAUGUAGCAAAUCCCGAAACCGCCAUGGUUCAUGUUCCGAAACCAAUUAAUCCGAAGCUUUCACUGGCUGGGCGAUCAGCCUCGCAACCUCAACAGUCCACCUUCCCACCCACAAUCCCGGGACCAUCGAAUGGUAAUCCUUUUGCGCGAAAAUCCUACGGAAGUGGUCACAGUGGGGCGGCUACCGUCUCCAAUGACGGUACUGGUGCUGCCGAAGUGGUUCUGCGCCCGAAAAGUGAUCCCACCUUGGGUGGACCUACCCGGCUCGGCGAUAACCUGAUCGAUUUGGGAUUCAGCGAGGAUAGCUCGCGAGUUUCGGUGCUCGAGGCAUUCGAUCCGCUGCUGUGUGGCAAUCGAAGCAGCUCCGGCAGUGGCGGAAGUGACGAUAAAGAUGAUACAGCGUCUACCUACUACGAGGACUACGACCCGUUCGACUACAUCUACAGCGGAGGAACGCAGUACUCCGAUCCGGUCUACGAAGCGGUUAACCGUUCCGACAAGACGCCCCUAUCGCCGAAUAGCAGCGGCUCUGGUCCCCCGCCGGCACCGGGCUGGAAUGUUUCCGGCGCGUUCAGCAGCUUUGGCGGUGAACCCGAGCAGGAACUCGAUCCACCACCGUUGCCACCGCGAAACAGCGAGCUGUACCAUCCGAUGAUCGGUGGCGGUGGUGCCACCGCACAGGAACUCACCGCCGGAAAUUAUGAGAUUAUGCAACGGAAAACGGUCGAAAGACCGUCCGCGCCGAUCAAACUGUACGAGAAUGUUGUGGUGCGCAAAAGCUACGACAAGGAGCUGAUCGCUUUCUACAAUAUGGUGACAGAAGUGAGGGCUCAGUAUCACUACGACCAGCCGGAAACGAACGUUGGUCACAUCGUUGCAUCCGAGUUCGACAAUCACUACCCAGAGGGAACCAGCAUAAAACUACUGGUCCACCCGUCGCUGGAUUGUUUCAGUUCGUACGACAGCGAAAACAAGGGUCAAAUCGAUGGAUAUGGUCCGCCGAUUCCCUUCACCUGCGAUAUUACCACUUCGGUGGAGCAUGUGAUAGCUCAGGUGUACUGUGCCCUCGAGGGGCAGGUUAUGAACAGUGUUGGGGACUACAUAUUGAAGGCAAUUGGAAUACAGGAAAUUUUAAGCGCCCGCUCGCGGCUCAACCAGCUGCAGUGUGUUCACGACAGUAUCAAACUGGAGCACGACGUUCAGCUGGGUUUCAUUCCGAAAACUCCGAGGAUUAUGCAAACGAUAGCGCGUACCGCUCAGGAUGAUGCUCGGGAUGCGGAACUAAGGCUGGAGCAUAUUUUGCCAAAGGAACCUACGACUGCGAUCAGCUACGAUGAUUUGAUGAUUCUGCUGGAAACGCUGGAAGCGGAAAUUGAGAAGCUCCAGUCCACUGUCGAUGAUCAUAGUCCGCAUACGAUACUCAGCUGUUCCGGGGUGAUUCAGGCGGUGAAGGCUAUUUGCAAUAUGUUGGGUACGAUCGAUACGUUGGAGAUUAGCAAAGCAAUUGACGAUCUGAAGGCGUGCUGCGAUAAUGGGCAAACAGUUUAUAGCUAUAACGAUUCGUCGGAUUAUAGUAACGGGAGUUUGAGUAUACUUUCGGAGAGUGGAGAUUAUGCGGAGGUGAAACUGCGACCGAGGACCAUUACCCAACAGAUUCGAUAUCGUUGCAAUGAGGUUCGAAAUGCGGUUCAAACUCUUCUGGAGAUAUAUUCGCAUGCAUUUAGAGUUAAUUUCUGUGUGAACGUUCCGGAAUGGAACACGAGUCCAAUUUCGAUCUGCAAUAUUUCGCAAUGUGUGAUGGUGAAUGUGAUGUGUCUGCAUCGAAUACCGUUGCAUUGGCGCCAUGAUGAGUACAAUUUGGGUGUACAGAUCUAUCAUGGUGCUCGGUAUAUUAGUGAGCCGGUUGUCACGCAAUGCUCCAAUGAAAUUAGUGGGAUUUAUCCGCGAUUGAAGUUCAAUUCAUGGAUUAUGUUCCGCAAUCCGGUGUGCACUCUGCCCAGGGAGUCAAGGUUGAUUUUUGUACUGUAUGGCGUUACACGCGAACCGGUUGAAGGUAGUGACAAACAGGAAGGCUCUACGAAUACCGAUGCGCAAACCGCCCAAGAGGGACGGGUGACCAAGGUAGAGCUUGGCUGGGCAUCGAUUCAGUUCUUCGACUUUGAACGGAAAAUGAUUCAGGGUUCGUAUCUGCUUUCGUUGUGGCCACCAACAGCAGAAAAAUACUUCGGACCUGCCCCGGCAAAGGGAACCCAUCCACUGGGUUCAGCGUACCCAAUUUUGGGUAUAGAAAUUCCAAGCUACGGUGGAUCUGUCGUGUUUCCCGAACCAAUUAAAAAUCUUCCUCAAUGGGUGAAGCUGGAUUUCAACAGUCUGGAUCGUAAUUUACAGCAGGAAUUGAUCGACACCGCCGAGCAGGGUUACUCGGCAGAUAAGCUGGAAAAGCGUGAAGUCCUCUGGGAAAAACGUCACUACCUGCAUAGUCUACCGCAUGCCUUGCCGAAAAUCCUUCAUGCUGCCCACAGUUGGGACUACGCCUGUAUAGCCGACCAUCAUGCCUUGCUGAAAGCGUGGUCAAGAUUAACUCCCGUUCAAGCGUUGGAGCUACUUUUACCCCGCUAUGCAGAUUUGGAAGUUCGCAAGCAAGCCGUCGAGUGGAUUUCCUACAUGCCGGACGAUCAAUUUGUGGAUUUCCUACCGCAGCUACUGCAAGCUCUGAAACACGACACAUAUGAAGCAUCACCCCUCUCCAAAUUACUGCUACAAAAAUCGUUGGUUUCACCACGAAUUGCCCAUCACCUCUAUUGGUUGCUGCUGCACAGCUUACCCGGAGAAGCUCCGCAGAACAUCAUCGAAAUGAAUCAGAUCGAUGAAACGCUGGUCAUACAGGCUCGCUACCAUCGGAGAAAUCAACUGAUGCUACGGGCGCUGAUGGCUACCUGUGGGGAAAAGCUAACCGCCCGUUUUCUGUCGCAAAACAUGAUGUGUAAAAAACUAGGCGAAGUGGCACAUAGCGUUAAAUUGUCUAAAGAAUCACAUCGUUUGCAAAUCCUGAAACAGGGUCUGGAAUCCGUCAAUCAAAUGUUGAUUGAUAAUCCAACCGUUUUACCGCUUGGACCGGGAAACGAAGUGACCGGAGUGGUCGUUCGAAGCUGCAAUUAUUUCAACUCGAACACUCUUCCGCUGAAGAUCAACUUCAUGGGCCCGGAUCGGGUGAUAGUGCCAGCAAUAUUUAAAAGUGGGGACGAUCUCCAGCAGGAUAUGCUGACGAUACAGAUGGUGCGCAUUAUGGAUAAGCUGUGGCUGCGCGAGGGGCUGGAUUUGAAGAUGGUCACCUUCAACUGCGUCCCAACGAGCUACAAAAAGGGCAUGAUCGAGAUGGUUUCGGAUUCGGAGACGCUGCGCAAAAUUCAGGUCGAGUGGGGACUGACCGGCUCGUUCAAGGAUAAAUCGAUCGCCGAGUGGCUGGCCAAGCAGAACCCUAGUCAAUUAGAGUACCAGCGGGCUGUGGAGAAUUUUACGCGUUCCUGUGCGGGCUACUCGGUGGCUACCUACAUUCUCGGUAUUUGUGAUAGGCAUAAUGAUAACAUUAUGCUCAAAACCUCCGGGCACCUGUUUCACAUAGAUUUCGGUAAAUUCCUAGGUGACGCACAAAUGUUUGGUAAUUUUAAAAGAGAUCGCACUCCUUUUGUAUUGACUUCGGAUAUGGCAUAUGUGAUAAACGGCGGUGAUAGACCGUCGGCAAAGUUCCACAAAUUCGUGGACCUCUGCUGUACAGCAUUUAAUAUCGUACGGAAACACGGUGACCUGAUACUGCACAUGUUCGCACUGAUGACGACGUCCGGCAUACCGGGUGUCACGGUGGAGGCGGUUAAUUACGUGCGCAAUGCGCUGCUGCCGGGCCAAUCGAACCCGGAGGCGGCGGCAUCGUUCGCCAAGAUGAUUCACAUCUCGCUGAAGUCAUGGUUUACGCAGUUCAACUUCUUCCUGCACAACAUUGCGCAGAUGAAGUUCUCCACCGAGAACGACGACGGCGAGCUGCUGAGCUUUGUGCCGAGGGUUUACACCAUGGCCCAGGAUGGUCGCCUGAAGUCGGUGAUGGUGCACGGUUUUCAGAAGCGCUACGAUUUGGAAAAGUAUUACACCUACAUCCUGAAGGUGACCCGCCAAAAUCAGCCGGAUCCGGCGUAUCUGUUUCGCUCGUACAAGGAGUUUUGCGAGUUCCAUCAGAAGCUCUGCAUACACUUCCCGCUGGCCAAACUGCACAGCUUACCGUCCGGCAUCCACGUGGGCCGUUCGAACGUGAAAACGGUGGCCGAGCGUCGUCUUCCAGAAAUCCGCCAGUUUUUGAUCUCACUGUUCAAUUCGGCGGACGAAAUCGCACAUUCCGAUCUAGUUUAUACAUUCUUCCAUCCCCUGCUGCGUGAUCAGCAGGAAGCCGAUAUUCACGCUGCGAAAGUGAAAGGCAAUCGAGCCAUUGUCGACGAGUAUCAGCAGCCACGCGGUGAGAUUAAGUUCUCGCUGCAGUACCACAGGGAUGCACUGAUCGUGAUGAUCCAGCAUGCCCGCUCGUUGCCAGCCACGCCGAACAAUCCGGAACCGAACACCUACGUCAAGGUGUACCUGCGGCCGGAUCAAUCCAAAGCCACCAAGCGGAAGACCAAAGUGGUACGGAAAAACUGCAAUCCCAGCUUCAUGGAAACGCUCGAGUACCGCCUGCCGCUCGAGUUCAUCCAGAAAAAGACGCUAGAGGUUACGGUAUGGUCGCACGAUUCACUGCAGGAAAAUGCAUUCCUCGGCGGCUACCGGCUGGUGCUGGCCGAGCUCGAUCUGCGCCACGAAAUCAACGAAUGGUUUCCGCUGAGCUAUCUGCCGCGGGCUUAGUGGUCUGGCAUGGCCGUGACAGUAUGCAGUGCAGUGCUGCAGCGGUGGUACGAUUGUGGUGUAAAACAAACCGAAAUUUCGCUGCAUAUAUUUUUGUUUAUUUUUUUUUUAUUCUUGCUAAUGCAUCAGACUUUUUAACAGUUUGAGAAACAUGUGUUUAUUCAGGCUUUUUUAUAAUUUCUUUUUACAUUGCAGACUAUUUAUAGUAAAAAGCGCAAUUUUACAAUAUUUUAUCGCGGAUGCGCGGCGAUACUGUCACUGUGGCUAUAUUAUCAUUUCCUCUUCAGCUAACACUGUCGUCAAAAAGGUUGUAUUCUGCUGCCUCCUUGACAAUAAGUUCUUGCAUUUUGUUUUACAAUAUUCUAUUUAUUGAUCUAAUCAAGUGAUUGUGAAUUAAUAUUUGGGACUCGGGUGUAGAAAACAGCUACUCUAAAAUGUGUGUAGCAUCGAUGGUAGAAUUUUAAUUGUUUUGUGAUAGCAGCAAACAUCCACGUGCUCGUAAUGCCUAGCAAUGUUGCCUCGAAUUUAGUCAGAGUACUCAUCUCCACACACAUACACACAACAAACACACUUGCGGGCUUAGGAUUAUACUAACGAAAGUGUUGUAAAACGACAAUAUCAAUGCGAGCACAGGUACUCAUCGUGAGUUAUUUAAUACUUAUUUGGAAAUACGUAUUUAUUUUCUAAAAAAUGAUCAAAUCACACACAAUGGCGCCGGUAGGAUGUUUACCAGAGAAA